UCGCGUCGCCAUGAUGAUUCUUUCCAUCGUCGUCCUCUUCCUGCUGCACCAGUUCAGUUCUUCAACAGCCCAACUCGGUUCGGAGGAUCCUGCUGGAUGGACUGUGACUGAUGUUGGAGAACACGGUGUCUUGACCGGAUCGUGUCUGGCAUAUGGAGAACUUCUCCAGUACUUAACUAGACAGGACAAGCUGGAGAGCGAGUUGGAGGGACUAAAGAACGAGACUCAGCAAUGCUGUGGGGGGCAAUGGGCGUCCUUUGACAGUCUACAGCUCAACCUCAAUGACCAGUCCAUCGUCCUCCAGCAACAACAGGCCACAAUUCAACAACUACAAGCGACAGUGGAUGACCAGGUUAACGCGAAUCAACACCAGCAAACCACCAUGCAACAACUACAAACAACCGUGGAUGAACAGGUUAACAUAAAUCAACACCAGCAGACCACCAUGCAACAACUACAGACAACAGUGGAUAGCCAGGUCAACGUCAUACAACAACAACAGACCACAAUUCAACAACAACAGGCGACAAUACAGCAGAUGGAUGCGCUUCUCACAGCAGUCUCAGACAAGCUGAACGGCCCCCGUGACUGUAUGGAACUGUUGGCGACUGGACACGAUACCAGCGGUGUGUACACCAUCUACCCUGAUGGAGGAGGGAAAAGUCCUGUUCACGUCUACUGUGACAUGGACACUGACGGGGGUGGAUGGACGUUGUUCCAAAAGCGCCAAGACGGUUCGGUCAACUUCUACCUAGACUGGCAGGCGUACAAGACAGGAUUCGGUGACCUCAGGGGAGAGUUCUGGCUAGGUAAUGACAAUCUCCACCGUCUGACGGCCCAGGAUGUGUACGAACUGAGGGUGGAUCUGGAGGACUUUGAAGGAAACACGGAAUACGCCAAGUACAACAUCUUCAGGGUGGAGGAUGAGGUGCACAAGUACAGGCUCACUGUGGAAGGGUACAGCGGCACUGCAGGUGAUGGCCUGACCUAUCACAAUGGCAUGUACUUUUCCACAAGGGACAGGGAAAAUGACAUCCACAGUACUGAUCACUGUGCUCAAGUGUACAAAGGUGCAUGGUGGUACCGUACCGGCCACCAUGCAAACCUGAACGGCCUGUACCUGGUUGGGACUCACCAGUCUCUCGCAGAUGGUGUCAACUGGGUGCCAUGGAAGGGUCUGCAAUAUUCACUGAAAACUAGUGAAAUGAAAAUCAGACCAAAUUAGGCUGACAUUUAUGCAUCGUCAUGGCCAGCAUGAGGACUAGCAUCCAGGUCCUCACGGACAAUAAAAUGAGUACAGAGAGAAAUAAAACACCAAGGUGGACUUGUGUGAAUAGCCUACUUUGUUGAUAGUCUUGAAGUAAAAUAAACAACACCAUUACUUGUCAAUAUUUACGACAGGCGUCCCGCAACUUACUAACUUAUCUCCUUAAAUGUAAAUAAAGAAUACUCCUCAAAUAUGUUUGACCUCCACAGACGGUCCCGUAUACAAAGAACAAACAUACUAGUAACUCACCCCUUGAGAACACCACAGGUGUUUCUGCGCUGUCUUUACGUAA